AUGGUCCAGGCUUUAAAGUUUGAGUGGGAUCUGGAAAGCCCCCUGGUGAAGCUCCUUCUUGAGAAACUGUUCAAAGAUAUCCGGGUUGCUCACCAGCUGUACUGGUUGCUGGAGGAUGCACUGGAUGACCUGCAUUACAGGAGCUGGUAUCAGAAAAUCCUUGCUGGCCUCCGCUUCUGUACUGGGAGUGCACUCAUACUGGAGCUUCAAAGCCAGAGGAAGCUGGUCAACGUCUUGGCAGAGAAAGUCGGAACAGGGGAUAAGCAAAAGAGAAUGGCUCUGGAGAACGUCCUGCACUUGUGCGCUGGGUGGUGUGUCGUCACCUUUGUCUUGGACGUCUGUGAUCGGCACAACGACAACAUCAUGCUGAAUCCUACCGGCCACCUUUUGCACAUCGACUUCGCCAGAUUCCUGGGACACACUCAGAGGUUUGCAAAUAUAAAAAGGGACCGCGCUCCUUUCAUCUUCACCUCAGAGAUGCACUACUUUCUCACGGAAGGAGGCCGGAAUCCUCGGCGUUUCCAGUGCUUUGUUGAGCUCUGCUGCCAGACCUACAACAUCAUCAGGAGACACACCCAGCUCUUCAUGAGCCUGCUGGAGCUGACGCUGACGGCUGGCAUGCCAGAGCUGAAAGAUAGUCGAUUUCCAGUAUGUGUUUAAUAACAGAAAACCCCACGAGUCUGACCUGGAAGCAACAAGCUACUUUACGAGGUAAACUGCAUGAUUCCAAACCCACUGCUUUCAGAUGACAAAAGUCAUGUCUGCCAUGUAAAACUAAAUCAGGACCCAAGGCAUUGGUAUGAAUUCCCCGCACUGAUGAAUCUUUCUUUUUGUUUGAAUUGACAGUAAAAUAAGAGAGUUUGGAGAGUGU